AUGAGCAGUAGCGCCACGUCUCCAUCACGUGACUGUCACGGAACGUCACAUGCCAACAUGGCCGCGUCUGUCUCCAGCGAGCACUUCGACAGCCUGCAGCUCCUUCUGAAGGCUCCCUCUAAAGACGCAGUGAGAGACGUUUGUGUUCAGAGUCACCGAGGGGGGGGCCGCCGGCUGACAGAGACCACCGCAGAAACACUGAGUAUCUCUACUGUACAGGCUGAGCAGCUGGUCCACAGUCUCCAUGUGUUGUCCCACCACGUCCUCUUCCUCGGCCUCUCCUCUCCGGAGCAGAUCCUCUCUCUGUUCCCCGACUCCUUCCACAGCAGCCUGAAGAACCUGAUCACCAAGAUCCUGCUGGAGAACAGUCCAACAUGGAGAUCAGAAGCCCUCAGUGAUCAGAUCUCUCUCCCUCAGCUGAAGGACUUGGACUGGACAGUAUCCAUGGUGACCGGCUCAGACUCUCUCAGCAGGAUGUCGGUCCCGACCUGCCUCGUUCAGCUCCAGAUGGAGGACCCGUGUCAGGCGGUCUCCACGACGACGGUGGAGCUGAGUCGAGCGUCUCUGGACACGAUGCUGGACGGACUCGGACGAAUCAGAGACCAGCUGUCCGUGGUGGCCGGGAAAUAAAGGACUGCAGACGGCUGAUUGGCCGGUUCUUAAGAUGACAUCACAGCUUGCAGCCAAUGGGACGGACUGGAGAAUAUGGAAGCUCAUUUGUAAUAUCAUGAAACUCACAAAACCUGUUUUAAUGGAGACAAACUGGAGAUAAUGAGUUAGAAUCUGACUUAUUCUCUCUUUAAAUAACACAUUCAUAAAUAAACAUAAAGGUUAGUGCCACAAAACAUGACGUAGUUUCUCAAAGAAAUAUGAAUCCUGUGAUUUAUAAAAGCCUUUAUUCUGAGCUGCCGUUCGUCGUGCUCUGUGAUGCUGUUUAAUCAUUUAGGGGACUGGGCUUUAGGGUCUCUCUGAUGUGUCCUGCCAACGCUUAACAUCUUAGUUGUGUUGCUUAGAACAGAUUCAUUCCACAUUGUUUUGAUUAUAUCUUGUUUUACGAGUCGUUAAAUAAUAUGAUAUUAUUUCUUAUUCUUGCUAACAUUAAAAUAAAAGUCUGACUUAAAUCUUGUGA